AUGACUUCGGAAAGAAAACGAACUUUUACUCGACGUUCUCGAGCAGGAUGCCGAACAUGUCGACUACGACAUAUUAAAUGCGACGAAACUCCAAUUGCUUGCAAAAACUGUGUCUCUGACGGCUGGAAAUGCGACGGUUACGACGAAAUUCGGCUGUCUCACCCAGGCAGAGGAAAGCGCAGCAGCAAUAGCAAUAAUGUGAACAAGAGCGCUAUCGCCACAAUCAGAACGGAACCUUCGCUUUCUAUUCGACGUAUCGAAACUGCUUUACCCGGAACUAACUCGGAAGAACGUAGAGGGUUUGCUUAUUUUCAAUGUUGGACUGUGCCGAAGAUGAGUGGCUUCUUUGACACCCAACUCUGGCACAGCCUGGUGCUUCCCAUGAGCUAUUCAGAACGAGCGGUCACUCAUGCCGUCGUUGCACUUAGUGCACUCCAUGAGGAUAUAGAAGCAAGAGGGGUCCCGUUAUCGAGAGCGGAACUAACGAACCGCCAGCAACGGUUUGCACUUGAGCAGUAUACGCGAGCCUUGUCUGCAUUAAAUGCCCGCAGGCAUUCCAAUGACCCAAAACUACAAGAAGUUAUAUUGACAUGCUGUCUUUUAUUCGUUGUUUUCGAGUUACUCCGUGGUCAGUACAAUGACGCCUUUGUACACCUCCACCAGGGACUAUCCUUGGUUAAAGAAUAUAUUGAGUCCUGUCUUUCGGAGACAAUGUUGCGCCUUCAUCUCCAAUCUGCUUUUUUCGGCGUUGACGUGUCUGAUCCUUACCAACUUACUAAAUCAGAGUACGACGAUAACCAAGACUUUGAUAAUAUUAUGGAUGCCCGGCAACAUCUUGACAGAUUGUUUCAGCAAAUUUGCUGUUACAUUGCGGCGGUAGAGCAGCUACCUUCAGAAGGAGGAGGGGAAUCGUCAAGUAUGACUCGAUUGGAAGUCAAAAAAAUGCAACAGAGUCUUCGAAUAGAACUCACGAGUUAUCUACACCGGCUUAAUAAAUUCGAGUCUCGAGCGCGGGGUCUAUCAGACACAAGGUGUCAGCGUGCAAUCGACCUGGUCCGACUACACCACAGAACCUUUUCACUAAUGCUAGAGACAUACAUCGACUCAGAAGACAUAAUAUACGACCUUCAUGUUAAUGAGUUCGGGGAGGCCGUCUUACUCGCCGAAGGAAUAGCGAACAGCUUCUGGGAAGAAAACAUCCCCAGCAAUUACUCCCGCCCAACACUAUUACUAGAUAUGGGAAUUCUUCCACCAUUGAUAUACAUCUGUCUCAAAUGUCCGUCUGUUGUCAUACGUCGGCAAGCGCUUCAAAUCAUCCGAGAAUGGCCACAUCGAGAGGGGCCAUGGGACUCCAAUCUAAUCGCUAUAAUGGCUAAUCUUGUUCUUCAACUUGAGAUUGAAAUGGAAUUUCAACGUUUAUGUGGCAAUACAGCAACAACAAUCUCUUCGGCAUCAGAUAUUACAUAUAUCUCGUCCUUGUCGCGAAUCAUGAACGUGAAUAUCAGCUUAGAUGCUGAUCAAAGGAGCGCAAUUUUGAAAUACAGAACCAAAGAGUGUGGUCCAAACGAACCGCCAUUCGAGAGACAUAUCUUACUUGACGAAUUUGAUUGGUCGUAGACAUCGAUAUAAUGCUGAUGUUCGUGGAUGAAUACACUACGUUCGGUGAUCUAUCAGCAUAGAUACUGAAUAAAGACGUGUACGUAAUCAACAGGUGCAUAGAAAGGACACCGUUUGACACCACCAAGGUACCUAAGAAACGAUAAUUUGAUAAUUUGUUUGGACCUCCGGCUUUCCAAGAAUUAAGAAUCACGAAUGAUUCUGCCCUGGCCGAAGCGAAAGUUUUAUGGGCUUAUGUUAUCUAUUCAUUCUUCUAUUGACAUUGAACCUAUCACCAUAG